AUGCCCAAGAAGAAAACGGGGCAGAGAAAAAAAGCCGAAAAGCAGAAGCUUCGUCAAAAGGAAAUUAGAACUGCCAAAGAUAAUGUGGCUUUGGCGCAGCACCCUUGCAACGUCUGUAUGGAAUGUGAAAAAUGCCAUCGAAAACAGAAGAGCAGAGCGUUUUGUUACUUUUGUCAGAGUGUGCAGAGGCUGCCGGUUUGUGCACAAUGUGGCAAAGUGAAGUGUAUGUUGAAGACAGGGGACUGUGUGGUCAAGCAUCCAGGGGUUUUUACUACAGGAAUUGGGAUGGUGGGUGCCAUCUGCGACUUCUGUGAAGCUUGGAUCUGCCACGGCCGCAAGUGCCUCCAAACCCACGCCUGCACUUGUCCGCUGCAGGACGCAGUCUGCAUCGAGUGCCAACGCGGAGUCUGGGACCACGGCGGACGCCUGUUCAAGUGUUCCUUCUGCGACAGCUUCCUAUGCGAAGACGACCAGUUCGAGCACCAAGCGUCCUGUCAGGUUCUCGAAUCGGAGAACUACAAGUGUCAGUCGUGCAAUAAGCUCGGACAAUAUUCGUGCCUGAGAUGCAAGACUUGCUACUGCGAGGACCACGUGAGGAGGAAAGGAUUCAAGUACGAGAAGAACAAAGCGAUUCCGUGUCCGAAGUGCGGCUACGAUACGUCGCAGACGAAGGAUCUGAGCAUGUCGACGAGGAGUCAUAAGUUUGGCAGGCAAGGACAAGCUACAUACUACGAUGAUGACGACGAAUCGUAUAAAGAAGGCGGUGGUUAUGGGUAUUAUGAAGCAGAAGAGUCGGACGAAGAUGACGAUGAUGAGGACGAUGAAGAUGAUGAGGAGUCGGAAGAGGUUAGCGAAGAAGAAUCGGGCAACGAAAAUGAUGAAAAAUGAUGUGUAUCUUGGUUUUAAGUAAAUGUGACAAUGAAGAA